AUGUUGCACGUUGGUUGCUGCUUGAAAUUCCAAGGGGCCGUGACCAUGAGCGGGUCUGACCAAAGCGUCGGACCGGGACCAAGCAAUGCCGAGCUGCAGCAGAAGCUGAGCAUCCUGGAGAAGCGACUGGAUCACAUUGAUUGCCAAGGCGCGAAGAGCCCCGGGGUCCUCCACGAGCGGGUGACCAAACUGGAGGACCAGCUCGCGCAAUUCGAGGUGAAGCUCGGGGAGUGCAGUGGUUCUGCUAGUGGCGUGAAGGAGGCGCUAGUCUCACAAACUUCCCAGACCAACCGCAUCGAGGAGAAGCUUUCGAGCCAAUUGCAGGUCGCUCAGGCCAGCAUUCAGGCAUGCUGCGCGCGGCUCGCUGCCAUGGACGAGCAGCUUGACAGCGCCAUGCGCACUGUGGCCAGUUUGACGGCGGAGGUGAAUCUGAAGCAGGCGACUCCGGCCCAUGCCCCCUCUGAGGACAUUGAGCCCGUGCAAGCACAAUUUCACGACGUUUUGCUGCAAAUCUUGGGCCGUCUGUCAGCCUUGGAAAACCCGAGGUCGGUGCCAGAGGCACAGAUGCGCAGCCAAGACUCGAACCAGCUCGAAGUGAAGCUGCAGACGUUGACGGAGAGCCUCGAGCGGCUGAACUCGGAGGUCUUGGAGGUGACUGCGCGUGUGGAGGCGCAGGCCGUGCACGUGGUCUCGUGCCGGAGCCGACUGGAUGCACUCGAAGAGCCUCAGUCAGAGAUGGGCCCACGGCGUUCGUGA